UAUAAGAAGAAAAACAGCGCAUGCGCAAAAGAAUCAAGAAUCACAAAUCCAUGACUUUGAUACUCGUAUAAAUCGGGCAGUGCUCUCUUGUGUUCCACGCGUGUGAUUUCAAUGCGGACAUGAAUAAUUACUGAGUUAGUCCCGCAGCUGCUGGUCGUAAUAUCUCGACAGAGACAGUGAGUAUGGACUUUCGGGAGGAUGUCAUCGUUUUUGCAACGUCAAUCGGUUAUCGAUUAUUUUGUUUGCAGUGCACCUCUAACUCUCUAACGAGUGGCAACAUCCUCCUACACCGAGGUUGGAAGACCGAACGUCCUGUCAUGUGAACGUCGAAUGACUCAAUAAGAGACGAGCGUAUGUAAGUAUAUGUUUUUUGCGUGUUGCACGACUUCUGGAGGGAGCACGUUCGAUUUCUAGCCGUUCGUACUCAUCGUCUGCCCUAAAGAAUUGUUUGAUAAGGACAAUGUUGGGGAUAUGAUCGUUAUCAUAAUGAGCGCAAAAUGGAAUGAGGAAGAUAAGCAUCAUGAUUAGUACUGACCACUCCUUCGAUCGCCUGUAUUAUCGCUCGCAAUCUCCUCUUGACUCUUUUUCUCCAUAGUGAGUUCUUCUCCUUACUUUUCUCAUUAGACGAGGAAAGUAGGUGGACUUCUUGUUAGCACUAGGCUAACUAGCUGAUUGUGCCUUCCUCGACAAGAACUUUCAAAAAUGUUCCGAAACACGUUUCAGUCCGGUUUUCUGAGUAUCCUCUACUCAGUGGGCUCUAAGCCACUGCAGAUAUGGGACAAGAAGGUACUAGUACGUAAACGUAGGUCGACUCAAUAUGUUUUUCAAGAUUACAAUCCAUGCCUCUAAUCCACGUUCCAAAUCUGCAACUACAACUAGUACAUUGUCCAUGAAGAUGAAUUUAUUUCAUUGAUUUGUUUCGAAUCUUCUAAGUUGCCUCCAAUAAACCACAAACUGACUAGGUGCGAAACGGACACAUCAAGCGAUUAACCGACAAUGACAUUCAGUCAUCAGUCCUCGAAAUUAUGGGCACAAAUGUGAGCACCAACUUCAUUACUUGCCCAGCAGACCCGAAGAGGACACUCGGAAUCAAACUUCCGUUCUUGGUCAUGAUCAUCAAGAACUUGAAGAAGUACUACUUGCUAUGUUAAUCUUUUUGUGAGCUUUUAUUUGCUUAGCCUGGUACAUGAUUGAUCUGCUCCAUCUCUACUAGCUGUUGCUGCUUAUUUUGUUUUUUCUGAAACAGCUAAAGAACAAUCCUCGAACAAAAAGCUUGACAACAUCCCUUAAUUGUCUUGAUGCACUACAACAGGUAUUUCACAUUCGAAGUACAAGUUUUGGAUGACAAGAAUAUCCGACGACGAUUCCGAGCAUCGAACUACCAGUCGACGACCCGCGUCAAGCCAUUUAUCUGUACCAUUCUUUCUAGCAAAAUCCAAAAAUUAUGCGUUUUUUUUUAUUAGUCUUGCAGGGGGCACGUCCAGUGAUAUUUCUAUUGAUCAUCAAUUUUCAUAUGCUUUUGAAGUUAAUUUCCUUCUGUCUUCUUUUUCCCUCUUGCAAGAAAUAUGGCUAUGCCGUCCUUCUAUUAAUAAGGUACAAUGCCGAUGCGAUUGGACGAGGGAUGGAAUCAGAUCCAGUUUAACUUGAGUGAUUUUACCCGCCGUGCGUACGGAACGAACUACAUUGAGACCCUCCGCGUUCAGCUCCAUGCCAAUUGCCGCAUCCGCAGGAUCUACUUUUCCGACCGCCUCUACAGCGAAGAGGAAUUGCCGCCGGAGUUCAAGCUCUUCCUUCCCGUCGCCAAGGGGUAAUCAUUUUUGAGGAUUUCUUUUUCUAUACUCUCACUCUAUCUACUGGUAUCCGGAAUCUUUGGACAACAACGAGCUUGACUCCUGUGCGCACCUCAGGAAUCUUCACCACUUCUACGGUAAUAUGAAAAAACCCACCGUAACUUUCAGGCAGCAGGCCGCUGCACCGGUCGCGAUGUAAGGCGCAUGACACGAGCCGCAAAUGGAAAUAUUUGUAGACACGUGAAAAAGCUCGAAGCAGGUACUCCACUUGAUAAAUAUUUUACUUGUGCCGGAUUAUAAAUAUUUAUAAUGUUCACACAAGUCGUUAUUAUUUUUCUUGGAAAAACAAAAACAAAAUUAAUGAACGGUUGUUGGAUAUUAAGUUCCAUCGUAAUCGAACAGUGUAUCGUGCGAAAGGACACAACAUACAAAAUGUUUUCCUCAAAUCACGUUUACAGACUAGCCUUGUUUCGUUAUGCGGAAUGGGGUAUGAACUGAGUAGCAGAGGACGCUGCAGGCCAGCAAGCUUCGAGUUGAGAAAAUAGUAAGGUAGUGGGUAGUUAAAUUGCCAUUCGGUGGAUGUUGUGUGAUAAAUGCAGCAACCUUCAAAUGCGGUGGAGCGGGGGGGGGGGUAAAAAUCUAGAUGAGCUUGCGUAGAAGAAGAUAAGCUUUAUCGUAUGUACCGAUACAGUAGAAUGUAUGUUGUCUAAGGAACUAACUAAAGAACUAACCAAGUCUAUCGUUGCCAAAUCAAUCAUGGCUGGCAAGACCAAGCCAAAAUCACUCGUUAAACUGUUGAAAUACACUUCAAACUUUCUUGAUCUAGGAACUUUUGAAUGUUAUUCGUCGUGAAAACAACAAGGAAUUCCAAUUUUGUCGGCAAAAUAUGUUGAUGUUAUGGACGUACUGGAUCGUGUAGUCCUCGUCGUGCAAAGUAAUUGUAUUAGUAAAAGUAGAGCCUUGAUGUAGUUAAUCUUAAUAAAUAUCGUUAUCAAUUAGAAUAAACCGCAGUAAUAUGACCUAGCAAUUUGUUAGAAUCGCAUCUGUAGUUCUUGAAUUAUUGAUUAGAAAUGUUGUAAGUAGUUGAAAGUUCACAAGUAGAGAUGUCGAAAAAAAACCACAUGCACAUCACCGCAGUGUGGUUUUAGUAUGGUCAGGCAAGUGGAGGUCAAUUUCUUGCUUAUCGUCUGCCAACUUUCUUACAGCAGGAAUUAAGACAUUAUCGGAGGCUUAAAUACCGGUCAACACACAGCCGCGCAUAGAAACAAUAUAUCGAUGAUAACUCUAAUUCGACAACUAUAUCUAGAAGGACCUCUCGUGCUUUCCCGACAAGGUGAACUACAACUGAUAUAAUUACAGUAAAACAGAGACAACUGUCGAAAAAGAACAUCGUUACAACUUUUGCUGGCCUCCUUGUCGUAUACAAGACACAAGUGAAUAGCGCAGCAUCAGCGAGAUCAAACAAAGUAGAAAUGAAAAGGCUAGUGCCCCGGCUGUCCCACAUGACAAAGAAGUUCCUGAACAAAGCUAGAUGUCCAAAACAUAGAUGUUCGUUAGGAGAACGAAGCAGCUGUUGUUCAACAACAACAUCAUCUCUUGUGUAUAAAUAAUGACUCCGAUGUAGAAGUUGCGCCGCGCCAGCUGGGAGGUCGUGAAAACAACGCGAGGGAGCAGUGACACUAUGAGCGAUACAACAACAGAAGCGACGGACCCUACACCACACGGAGCAAAUUGUGAAAAUGCCCAGCAAGAUUCUAGCAGCAGCAUUCGAAACGAGAAGGACUCUGAAUUUUCUGCUGCGGAGCCGAUGUGAAGCAUGUUCGCUCUACUCGCUCCUUCCUUCGCAGCUCGGUGCUGCAACUAACAUUUCUUACAAACCUCCAUCAAGGGAUGACAUUCACAACAAAGGUAUCGAUGUCAUCGAGUUUCCGAUUGUUAUGAUCAUCGUAUGCAUUACUAUCACAAAGAGCAUGAUGAGGACCAACGGACAUGAGUAGCAGAGCCUGAUUCUAUGAUGAUACAGACCUAGAAAAAAAUGACUAGUUGUAUGUUGUUUGUCUAGGUAUUGAAUUUGAAACAAUAACAACUUCUUGCGCCAAAAGAAUGUGAUUGCCACGAACAUGUAUAGUUACCCGAAAUAACGAAAAUCGAGUCAACGUCUUCGAAUCCUCAAAAAGCUUCAUCGCCGUUGUUCUCUUGUCUAUGUUGCUUUGAAAUAUCAUAGUCUUCUCUUGAAUCGAUAGCAUUGGAGAUUAUAGAGAGUUCAAGACGAGGCACGGAAUGCGAUUCAAGUGCAAGAAGCGUUCUUCAUACUUCUGCUUCUCGAAUCGAGCGAAGAAGAUGUAGUUGUUCUUGUUGAAGAUCAAUAUUUUUAUUGAAAACUUAGUAAGUAU